CUUUUUUUUUUUUUUGAAACAGAUCAUAUUUUUUAUUUAAAGUAAUUAAAAUUACAACAAAUUAUUUUUGAAAAAAUAAUUCAAUAAUAUUAAAACUAAAAUCACGCGUGAGAGUGGGACCCAUUCCAAACCCAAAACAGCCUAUAAAUACCCAAAAAAAAAUUAACAAAGAAUAAGUCUCAAUUCUCUUCUUCCUCCUUAUUCUCGCAUCCAAACACUCCUCUUCCACCACCAUAACCCAAACACAAAACAAACCCAUCCAAACACAAUCUUUUCCUAUUCAAUUAUCCAAACACCCCCCUUCUUCUUCAUCUUCAUCUUCUUCCUCAUAUAAAUACUCCAUUUUCUCUGAAACUCGAUCUUCGAUCUUCAUUUCAUCAGUGCAUGGCAGUAGUGAGUAGUAAUCUCUUAUCGCGUGAGGUAUCAGACCUAUGUCUCGGAAAACCACCACUUAGGUCACUCUCAGCUACAGCAACCAUCGCCGAAGCUUUAUCGGCUUUCAAGAAACUCGGAGAAACUUUCUUAAGCGUUUGGACAACAAACGGCGACGUUUCAGGCUCUGAUCUUUCUUGUAUUGGAAAGGUUUGUAUGGUUGAUGUCAUCUGUUUUCUUUGUAAGGAUGAGAAUUUAGCUUCUCCGGCUAAUGCUUUGAAUGCUCAUAUCUCUGUUUUGAUUCCGAAGAUUCCUGGACUCGUUCGCCAUUUAGAACCAAAUGCAAGUUUAUCAGAGGCAUUUGAUCUAAUUCUCCAAGGUGCACAAAACCUAAUAAUCCCAAUUCAAACUUCAAGAAAAAAGCUUUACCAAAAACCAACCUCAAAUCGUCCCAACAACAGGGAAUACUGUUGGAUCACCCAAGAAGACCUAAUUCGAUACCUACUCAACUCGAUAGGCCUCUUUAGUCCCACUCCGGCCAACCCAAUCAACUCCCUAAACCUAAUCGAUAACCAGAAUGUCCUCGCCCUCAACUACGACGAUCCUGCAUCGUCUGCAUUGCCCCUCAUAACACAAAGCCUCAUUAGCCAAACCUCGGUUGCUGUGAUCGACGGGGAAGGGAGAUUAGUAGGCGAAAUCUCGCCCUCUACACUAAACUUGUGUGAUGAAACCGUGGCUGCAGCUAUAGCAACGCUUUCGGCUGGUGAUCUAAUGGCCUACAUUGACUACGGUGGUCCACCAGAGGAUUUAGUUCAACUCGUGAAAGAUAGGCUCGAGGAGAAGGAGAAGUAUAAGGCGUUGAUGGAGUUUAUCGAGGAAGAUUUGACAACAACAACGAUGAUGAUGUCGUCGGAUGAUGAAUCGUUCGGGUGUGGUGGAAAGAGUGGGAGGUUAGCGGUGAGGAGUUCGGAAGCUAUUGUUUGUUAUCCGUGGAGUUCUUUAGUGGCGGUUAUGAUUCAAGCAUUGGCUCAUAGAUUGAGCUAUGUUUGGGUUGUUGAACAAGAUGGAACUUUGGUUGGGAUUGUUACAUUUGCUUCUAUGUUGAAAGUUUUUAGAGAACGUUUGAAUACAAUGGCCUAAGAGAUUCAAAUUCAAGAGAAAAAUUAAGCUAAAAUUACCCAAUUAAUUAAUUAAUUGUUUAUUAUUAUGUAUUGUUUUUGAGAAUUUUGAACUAAAGAGAGAAGUAUAAAUUUAUGGUGGUAUCUUUUUGGAUA